CACCGCAGUCCGACUCCGACCCUCCACGCCUCCCUCUCACCACGCGCAGGCAUACAGAGCAGUCGCAAAGAUGUUCCUAUUCGGCCUCGGAAAACUCGUCUAUGUAUGCUGUCUAUUAAUCAACGCCGUGGCCGUCCUCUCUGAAGAUCGAUUUCUGGCAAGAAUUGGAUGGGGCCGCACACAGACAGACCCUGCCUUCGGCGCGACAUACGAUAGCACAAGUAUCAAGGCCAAAUCCGUGAAUUUGAUCGCUAGUGUUCGGACCGUGAUGCGAAUACCCCUAAUCGUGAUCAAUACGACGAUAAUCAUCUACGAGCUCAUUCUUGGGUGAAUGAUGCCCUUGCAUAACCUUGUUUUCGCCUUAUAGAAAGACUCGGAUAAUAGUCUUUUCUCGGGGUCCUUCAAACGCAUGAUCGACCUGUCUCUACACAAUGGAAUGGGCACAAGAAGCUAGAGCCCUACCGCAUAUGACGAGUGAGCCAUGAGGAAUAGGAUACCUCAUAAGUGAUUGUCCGACUACGAGAUCUCGUGUUAAAAACUGCAUGAAUGACAGAUGAUAUGAUUGAUUCCCAGCAAGUUGUCCCAGAUUCAUGCGUUAAUUGUAUUUUCACGAACCAUCGUUGGUGUUCUCAGUCGUAUAUGCAUCUGUGCACUUUAAUUGAUACAUGGAUCUUUUAAGACGCCGC